ACCCCUUGAUGUUACAGUAGUAAGAUUAAAAUAUUUUUUCUAUUGCGCUUUUGAUGAUAUUGAACUCGAUGCUAUCACUCUAAAUCAUGAAUAGCUUAUUUCAUUCUAAAUCGGGCGCUUUUUAAUCGUUCCUCGAUGAUUAAAGUCAAUUCUAAAUCAACGACUUUUGAGCACUUUCUCGAUUGACUCUUAAAAAUGUCAAAGUUAAAGAUAAUGCGCUUUAAACUCGGUAUAGUCCCUGCUGUAUGCCGUCACGUUAUGUAGAGUGACAGAAGCUGAAACUUAAGCGCAUCCCAAUCGGAAUGUGAUUUCCGGGUCGCACAAGUGCACAGUCUACACCUGAUCUCAGUACAUAAGAAGCUGUUCUUUUCUGCCUAUGUGCGGUAUGAGCGAAUAACUAUCGAUGUAUCCCCCGGGCCGUCAAUGCGUAACAAAUUACAUAUACUUUCCGAUUGUGGCGGAAAUUUUGGAGCACAAAUCCUAGGUGUUGGCUAGAACACUCAACAAACUUCCUGCGGUAGAAUCUGAAGCAAUGCCGUUGGUCGGCAUGUUUAUAAAGACUUGUAAGUUCACACAGACUGUUCAGUUACAGUCAGACCACGACAAAUCGACUAUCGACGCAGCUGAUAUUUGCUUAGCGAAAACGACGCGGAACCUCAAGAGAAUUACAAGGAAAAUGUCUGGAAGUCCGUGGAUUUGUUCUUUAAUUUUGAUAUUUUACUUUAUUUUGAGGUCCUCAGCAGUUCCUAUUCAAGAUAAACAAUUAAAUUCACUUCUGCAAGAUUUUGCUUCUGAUGGAGUGAGAUAUACAAGAACUGUACGAAUAUAUUCUAGGAGUUAUCGAAUGCAUUUGAGAGUAGUUGGAUCGAAUAUUGACGCAAAGGCAUUAGAUACCGACCCCAAUGCUCUUAUGAUCCUUGAGUCUGUCAACCUUAUGGGACAUAUACGUAUCAAGUCUAAACAAGAAAACACCUACAUUUGUGUGAGCAGCGCUGGUCGACUUGUAUUAGAGCCUAAAGGCAACAAUAUUCCAAGAUGUGUGUUUGUGGAAGACUAUUAUAAGGGCUUUACAAUGUUCCAGUCAGUCUACAGAAAAGAAUGGUAUCUUGGAGUCAAGAAAUCUGGUCGCAUGAGACAACCUCGGAUGACAAACCGAACGCAGACUGCAUCAUUAUUUUUAGUUGAGCACAUAUCUCUCACGUGAUAAUGAACUCACUAUUAGGAUAGAUAUUUUUAUUGGAGUUUUUACAAAUGUUAUUUAAUCGUAUUUAAUUGAUGAUGACAAAGUUGAAAAACUGCAAAGGAUUAUGGGUAAGCGAUGAUCGAAUUGUUAACACUUCGAUGCAUCAAGAUGAAAUUUCUCAUCAGAGAUUAUUUCAUUUAUUAUUUAAUAUCAUUAUUUAUUCUCAACAAUAAUGUAGAAUAUCUCAAGAAAUAACUUAUUUUAUUUAUAUGUGGAAUUCGUGAGGUGACCGAUGAUGUUUCAAAUUGACAAGUUACUCAGAAUAUAUGCACCUCACUUGCUUAAACGCAACGAACAGAAUACUUGUUAUUGUUCGAGUUUUGAAAAUUUCAAAAUUUGUUCGACAAUUGGAAUUUUUGGGCGUUCGCGUAAAAUAACUAGAUACAAAGGUAGUUCAUUAGGUUGGAUUUAUAUCCCUCAAUACGAUGUAUUGUAUAGUAUUUCAAAUUGAUGCUAAUAGCUUCAUUAUAAUUAGAAAAUCCUAUUUGUCGUAGAUUGAAAAUUAUUUAGAAAUGUUGAGCAAAACCACCAAUGUCCGUCACACCCACCCAAGUCCGUCACACCCACCCAAGUCCGUCACACCCACCCAAGUGAACCGACACACCCUGCAAACUGAAAACCACACACACACGUACACAUACUUUAUAUAGCAAAAAAAGAAAUGGAAAAGAAAUGCUAUUAAAUGGUUGCCGAAUUUAAGCGUUGUGAUUGGAUGAUUAAGAAUUUCUCAGUUUUUUUAAUUGGUUGAAAGCGGAAAAAAUUUUGAGAGUCAUUUUAACCGGUAUGUGUUUCCCACUCGUACGAGAAACUGCUUUCGAGAAGAAAGAUUUGGUGUUUUUGUCUUGAAAAAAGGAAAUAAUAAAACCCCGAAUUAUCAUCAACUUGUAGGAGACGAAGGAUUCUUUAUUGGUUAGUCUAAAGCUUUCUUUAAACAAAGACGUUUAGUUUGAAAGAAUAAAGACUUACUGUUAAAUGUUGAAAAGCAGUUUCGACCAAAAUGUAAAGAAAUUGAAAAAUAUUUAUUCAAAAUACGCGACGACUUUUUACGAGUGGAUGUGCGUAGUGAACUUUUCAAAAUCUUACUUUCUUCCUAAAAAAUACUGUUGCUAAAAAUAGAAUGCGGUAUAUAUAUUUAUGAAUAUGUUAUCUGUGUA